AGACACUCAAAUACCUUGGAAGAUAAUGUCAAAGUUCCAACCUUCACGCCACCUUAAUUCGUUUUUUCUGUCAUUGGUUCUAUUCUUUGAAAAUAUGAUUGUAUUUGAAGUAUGUGAUACUUGUUUGUAACAGAAACAUCUCAGGGCAAUAUAGUAGCAUGGAUAUGCAAUCCCUUUUCUGUUCAAUGCAAAUUUCACCAUCAUACAAUCUCGGUAACCCUCUUCCACGCUUCUCUCAAGUAAGUGCUACCCAAUGUACUAAAAAACCCAACUUUCUCAAUUCCCCAAAUCGCUGGGUUCGAAACAAGGGUUCUAAAGAAGUGGGUUCAGAAUUUGAUAGCAAAAAAAUGCCUUUUAAGAGUCCGGAUCCUGAUAUUGGGGAAAAUGAAGAAGUUUCCGGCAAUUUGUGCAGCCAAUUAAUCUGUGAAUGUUGCAAAGAAGGAGACUUGGAUAGAGCUAUGUCUCUUCUUGCUCAAAUGGAAGCUAAGGGGUUUCACCUCAGUUCAGCAUCUUAUACUAGUCUCAUUGAAGCCCUUGGAAAUGUUGGAAGGACUUCAGAGGCUGAUAUGUUGUUUAAGGAAAUGGUUUGUUAUGGCUAUAAACCGAAAUUGAACUUGUACAAUAGUUUGCUUAGAGGGUUUUUGAAGAAAGGUCUCUUAGAACUUGCAAAUGGGCUCUUGCAGGAAAUGGAUGACUCGGGCAUUUGGAGGAGUCAAGAGACAUAUAAGAUCUUUCUGGAUUACUAUGUUGGUGCUGGAAGGUUGGAAGAUACUUGGUCAACAAUCAAUGAGAUGAAACAAAAAGGGUUUCCACUUAACUCAUUUGUGUACAGCAAGGUUGUUGGGAUUUAUAGGGACAAUGGGAUGUGGAAGAAAGCAAUAGAGAUUUUGGAAGAGAUUAGAGAGAGGGGGAUUUCUUUAGACAUUCAUAUUUGUAACAGCAUUAUUGAUACCUUUGGCAGAUAUGGCGAAUUAGAUGAGGCGUUGAAGUUGUUUAAGAAAAUGAAAAAUGAAGGUAUAAGGCCCAACAUAGUGACAUGGAAUUCACUGAUUAAGUGGCACUGCAGAGAGGGUGAUUUCAUGAAAGCCUUUUAUUUGUUCACUGAUAUGCAAGAGCAAGGAUUGUAUCCAGAUCCUAAGAUCUUUGUCACCAUCAUUAGCUGCUUGGGGGAGCAGGGAAAGUGGGACAUAAUAAAGAAAUAUUUUGAAAGCAUGAAAAUUUGGGGAAAUAAAGAACAUGGGGCUGUUUAUGCUGUUUUGGUUGAUAUUUAUGGACAAUAUGGGAAAUUUCAGAAUGCUGGUGAGUGUGUGCAAGCACUAAAGUCGGAAGGCGUGCUCGUUUCACCGAGCAUUUUUUGUGUGUUAGCAAAUGCCUAUGCUCAGCAGGGCUUGUGUGAACAGGCCAUUAAGGUGUUGCAGAUUAUGGAAGCAGAGGGAAUUGAACCAAAUAUUGUCAUGCUCAAUAUGUUAAUCAAUGCAUUUGGUAAUGCUGGGAGAUAUAUGGAAGCGAUGUCUGUUUAUCAUCAUAUAAAACAAAGUGGUGUUAGCCCUGAUGUGGUCACGUACACUACACUUAUGAAGGCAUUUAUAAGGGCCAAAAAGUUUGAUGAGGUUCCCAUUAUUUACAAGGAAAUGGAGAAUGAUGGAUGCACUCCAGAUAGAAAAGCUAGACAGAUGUUGCAAGUUGCAUUAACGGUGCUUGAACAAAGAGCAGAAUGUUAUUGGCUACAAAAGAUGCAAUGACAAGUCAUCUUUGUAUGGAAAUAUGGGACCCUCAGACAAAUUGGUUUGAAAAUUUGAAGAGCAAGGAAAGCCAAGUUAGCCAAGGAAACACAGGAGAUUUUGAUCGUGUGUUGAUCAAGGAAUCCGCUGUGCUAUUGUUGUAUCCUAGGAAUCUGUUGGCCUAUAUAAUCGUGUAUAAUUGUUUCCUAUUAUAUAUUGUAAAAAUUAGGAACGGUGAGAAAUCAGGAAUCUGCCUUUUAGAGUUGUUGAUAUUUAGGAUUAGGAUUCCUAAUUUACGAGUGUAGAAAUUAGGAAUUAGAAUAAUUCUAUCAUUAUUAAUAUUAAUUGUAAAUGGGAAAUCUUCCCAUAAAGAAUUUUGUACUGUUUAUUGAGAUGAGUAAAAUCCUAAAGGUAUU